GGAUACUGUGGGGGUAGUGAUCAAGGAGAAGGGGGUAAUGAUCAAGGAUACUAUGGGGGUAAUGAUCAAGGAUACUAUGGGGGUAAUGAUCAAGGAUACUAUGGGGGUAAUGAUCAAGGAUACUGUGGCGGUAAUGAUCAAGGAUACUGUGGGGGUAAUGAUCAAGGAUACUGUGGGGGUAAUGAUCAAGGAUAA